ACGCCUUUACCACCUCUAAUAACAGUCGCUUUUUAACACUGCGUCAGAAAAAUCUAGAGUGUUUACUUUCGAUUAAGAGUUUUUGUCACAUUAAACGCAUUUAAAUGUUUGAAAAAAAGAGUGAAAAAGGGAAGCAGUCGGACUAUAAGCCGCGGGAAGAUGGCGUAGAAUUGGAGAGCCAGUUUAUCAUGCGAGUUCCAAAGGAGCUAGCAGAAAACGUUCACGAUGCCAUUAAUUCUGGCAACAUAAAGGAUCGACUGACCAUCCAACUUGACCAAGAUCUGCGAUACGGAGAAGUGAGAUUAGACGAUCAACUGCUAUACGCCAAGCUAGUCGACCUGCCAACCGUCGUGGAGAGCUACAAGACAAUCGACAACAAGAGUUUUUAUAAAUCCGCUGACAUCUGCCAAUUACUUAUUUGUAAAGAGGAGCCGGAGGACGAGACGGAAAAGGAGUCGCCAAACAAAAACAAGAAAAAAGAUCCAAACAAAGUGGACAAGAAAUAUCUUUUCCCUCAUGGAAUAACUCCGCCUUGUAAGAAUGUGAGAAAGCGUCGUUUUCGAAAGACUCUAAAGAAAAAGAAUGUAGAAGCUCCCGAAAUUGAGAAGGAGGUGAAGCAUCUUCUCCGAAUUGACAACGAAGCUGUGCGCGUAGACUAUGAAAUCAUAAAUGAGGAGGAGAAGCCCGUGGAUGAUCUUGAACAGUCGGACAUUAAGCCAUACAACGACGUAGACGACUACAUCCCAGAUGAGACAACCUCGCACGCCAACGACAACACCAAAGAAGAGAAGACUAUGAAGCGCGAUAUUAAUGUCGAAUCGGAUGAGGACGACACUAACAACUUUGGCGCUCAUCGGGCACCUAAUAUGGGCGUAGCAGAGCACGACAUCUUUGGCGAAGAAGUGUCCACCACGGAUGACGAAGAUGAGCCGGAUCGCACCAACAAUACGAUGCCGCGUCGGGAGUUAGAGGACUCCUCUCGCCUCUCUGCUGAUGAUUCGCGGAUGUCUGAUUUCUUUGGUGGAACCAAUGCUGGAACAAGUGGCAUGAAAAUGGACCAGAACGAGUUCAGCAAAUCCAUGUUUAGCCAAGAAGCCAGUAGUCCGAAGCUGAGUGCCGCCGGUUCGAGUUCCAAUCUGGCUGGUCCAAGUGGCUUCUUUGACAGUCAAAUGCUUAAGCGGGAAGAAUUCGAAAACAUGGAGUUUAUGGAAGAGCCCCAGUAUACACAGCAGCAGGUGCGCGAGAAGAUCAGCCAACUCACUCGCCAGAUCAGUGAACUGAAGGCACAGCAGUCUCAAAAGUCAAUGGAAAUCGCCUCCAUUCAAAAUGCCACGCUCAAGUCUCGAAUGCAGGAAACUCUAGACAAUCUUUAUACCCAGGUCAUUGAAAGAGAGUUGGAGCUUAAGGACUUUGAGAAUAUGCUGGAAUCCUAAACAUGGUAGAGGAUAUCUUUUAUCUCUGCUGAAUUUUGUAGUUUUUUAAUGUUGGAUCUAAUAUAUUUUAUACACCUAAGUAAGCCUUUAAAAUGUAAGAAAUAUAAAAAAGUUAAAAUAUUAUAAA